AUGCCAUCCAGCCCCUCUCAGCCUCCACCAUCGUCGACUCGGAACAUUCCUAUCAACCACAAACCUUCUUCCUUUUCUCAAUCGGAGAAGCCUGAAUUUAAGUCAACCGAGGAUAUGAGCAAUUAUUAUCUCAAGAAUACUGCUAUUUUGCUUAAUGAUAUCUUAAAAUGUGUAGAAACAAAACACAAUCGUUUUGAAUGUCGAGAAGAAAUUGAAAAGUUAUCACAAAAUUUAUUUGAAUAUCGAUCAGAAGUGAGUGAACAAGAGAGGAUGUGGAAGAGCGCACUUGAGUCUGUUUCAAGAUUUUCCAGAACGCCCUUUCAAUCCAAUAUAAUGAUAAAGGAAUUAAAUCGUCAACAACAGGAGCUGUUCGAAGAACAAAACAGAGAAAAUUUUAACAAAUUAGCACGUCAAGAUGGAACUGCAAUAGGAAAUGACAAUAUGUUCAAAACAAUUGCAUCUGGAUUGAGAAACUUUGGAAGCUUUAUCUUUACUAAAAUAACACGAGGAGGAAGUGAUGAUUGA